GGGUCGAUAUUCAAGGGGCUUUUGGCGCCGCUGGAGGCGUUUGGCUUUGAGGGGAGCUUGGGAAUGGGGGCUCCUUUGGCGUGAGGGGAGCUUUGGGAAUGGACGCUCCUUUGGCGUGAGGGGAGCUCCUUUGGCGUGAGGGGACCCUUGGGAAUCCUCGGAAUUAAGGCAUUGGGAACGAAGGGAGCUUUGUUAACAGGAUGGGAGAGCGAACGGGGGAAUUCUUCGCUGAAAAGGGGUUAAAAAGGGAAUUUCCCCUCGGGAACGAGGGAAUCUUUGGAACUGAGGGAUCGGCACAGGGGAUGAGGGGACCCUCAGGACGAGCUCGGCGCAUCCGUGUGGGAAAAGGACUUUGGGAAAAGACGUUCUGAGGGAAAAGCGUGGAGCAGCUCCAAAUUUUCUCCCAAAUAUUUCUCUUCCCUCCGGAGCUUCCCAGCUGGAAUGUCGUCUCCCGGCUGGCAUUCCUCGUGGCCCUGGUGUCAGCGACGGGAAAUCUUGGGAAAACGGGGGGGGGGGGAAUAGGAAUAAUGCAGAGAAAUGAGCGGGAAAUUCCAUUUUUUUUAAAGCAGAAUCCUGGAACGGUUUCGGUUAGAAAAGAUUGUUAAUAUCGUCAAAUCCAGCCAUGCCUAAAAACCACGGGAUUGUCUUUGGUUGUUGUUUGUUUUUUUGUUUUGUGGGGGUUUUUUUCCUUUUAUUUGCCUAAUUUUCAAUAGUUUGAGGAAAUCGGGAUGUUAGAAAAACAGCUUCCCCCGGGGGAGCUGAGUGGUUUUAACUCCGCUAAAAAAGAGGAAGCGACGCAUCCAUAAAAUCAUUCGGGUUGGGAAACAAAACAAAACAAAACAAAAAACAAAACCCUCUAAAAUCAUCCAAUCCAAAUAUUAUCCCAAGGAAUAACCAGGCCGAUCUUUGGAUGCUGCCCUGCCAGGAAAGUGGAGCUUUUUUGCCUUUUUUUUUUCCUUUUAUUUAUUUUUUUUUUUGCUUUGUGGCUGCUGCGAACGGGUUAAAAGAGGAAGAAAUAAAUGAAAGGAAGCAAAAGCGAAAGCGCCGAUCCUGGCAGGAAGGAGCUCAUCCCGAGACGGCUUUUCCUGCUGCUUUUGGGUCAUUUCCCCAGCAUUUUUUGGAGGGGAAAAGUUGUAUUUUGCGUUGGUUUUUUUCCUGCCCGGAAGAGAGGAAUUCGUGCCUUUUCCAAAGGAUGAGGGGCUCCAAGCGGCGGCACCUGACGGCCCCCGAGUGCGAAGCUCUGGCCCGGAGCGCCGAGGGCUCGGCGCCGCUGCGACGGCCGCUGGGCCUGGCCACAGGAGGAGGAGGAGGAGGAGGAGGAGGAAGCCGAGGCCUUCAUCCCAUCCACGGGACACGGAGACAUCCCAGAGGAGCCGCCCGGCAGAGGAACAUUCUGGAAUUCUUUGCGAUCCAGAAACGUCCGGAGGUGGGAACUGCUGGGAUGGAGAACUGUGGGAUCAAGGAAGAUCCAAUGGAUCCCGUUUUCCCUGGAUCUGGGGAUUCCUUCAGGAGCAGAGCUCAGAGCUGUGGGAUCAGGGAAAAUCCAAUGGAUCCCGUUUUCCCUGGAUCUCAGGAUUCCUUCAGGAGCAGAGCUCAGAGCUGUGGGAUCAGGGAAAAUCCAAUGGAUCCCGUUUUCCCUGGAUCUCAGGAUUCCUUCAGGAGCAGAGCUCAGAGCUGUGGGAUCACGGAAGAGCCCCUGGAUCUGGAUCCCGUUUUCCCUGGAUCUCAGGAUUCCUUCAGGAGCAGAGCUCAGAAUUGUGGGAUCAGGCAAGAUCCAAUGGAUCCCAUUUUCCCUGGGGAGUCCUUCAGGAGCACUCGGAACUCUGGGAUCAGGCAAGAUCCAAUGGAUCCCAUUUACACUGAGGAUUCCUUCUGGAGCAGAGCUCAGAGCUGUGGGAUCAAGGAAGAUCCAAUGGAUCCCAUUUUCCCUGGAUCUCAGGAUUCCUUCAGGAGCAGA